UUCCCGCGCGCACGCGCAACCCUCUGCAGCCGGCUUGGCCCCUCUCUUUGUCCUUCGCCACCACGCGAGAGGCCACUGUGCAAGUGUCCGCGUGCUCGUGCGCGCGCUGUUCCCCGGCUAGGCUCCAGGCCGUCGGGAAUCCCGCGGAUCUGCCCGGGUCGCGCAAAGCCCGGGGGCGGGGCGGUCACUUGGGUCCAGGUCCCCGUCCGGCGCGUCCGUGGUCCGAGGCAUUUUUUGCAGACCGGCUCGUACAGGUGGUGUCUCCCACGCGCGUGCCCGGCCGCGCGCGACCUUCGGGACACACAGCCAGUCGUGUGGGCACCCUGGGCGUGUACGCGGGGCGACCCGAUUGUUCGCCUCCAUCCCGGCUCCACCCAGCUUGCCUCUGCUUUUAUCAGUAGGAUUUUUUUCCGAGGCGUCUCUAGUAACAAAAAAGCCAAACAACUUUGACAGUUGCUAAUGCGGUGAGGACAGCGUUGGCCUCAAGCCUUGUCUCUGACUUUGACCCACAACUGCCACUUGAAACAGUCAACUCACAGUUCCUGGGUCUCAGGCUUUUCAUCUGAAACCGAGGGAGUGGCAAGAAAUGACCUUUUCUUCCCUAGCUUGGAAGCUUUUUGCAGUCAUUAAAACACAUUAUUUUAUUGAUUACUUAUUGAUUCCUUACUGUUUGUUUCAACCACAUGGUGCUGGACUGAAACUACUUUGCUUGCCUGUUUUCUUGGGUUAAGGAUUUUAAAAUAUGUUCACUGUCGUCAGUUUAGAGUAUUGAUAAACAGAUUCAAAUGAAAAUCAUUCAUGAUCCCAUCAACAGGAAAUAGUCACUGCUAACGUUUUGUACAUCUUUUAGUCAAUAAAUGUGUGUAUAUUGUUAAUAAUCUUAGUUGUUCCCUUUAAGAAAAAAACAACAAAAUUGGGAAUAUGCUACAUAUCCUGCUUAAAGCCCUUACAAUCUAUCACAAAUAUGUUAAGUUGAAAUAUUUUGUCCCAAGUGGGGAGUUUGACCUUUCUGGGGGAGUUCUUUCAACUUGCCCCUGAGAUCUUUUCUUUCUCUUAUUUUUCUCCUUAGUCUGCCCUGCUGCCAUCAUCUCUGGACAGGGGACUCUAUCAUGCGUAUACUGGGAAUAUAAACAGGGACGCCCAAGACAUUUGCCCAUCCCUCUUUCUACUGCUGUUGUGGAUCUUUGGUCACAGGCCCUGGGGUAGACUGCAUGAAACCAGUGGCCCCAAUCUACCAUUCGUGCAUAUAUCAUCUGUUUGGGGCACAUGAACUUUUGUGCAGUAUUACUUCUGUAAUGAAUGCUGAAUGCAUCAAAAAAGACAGCAUGGUAUAUGGAACAUCUGGCACAUAGUUGUUUACUUGCUACAUUGUGUCUGACUCUUUUGGGAUCACAUGGACUGCAGGUGGGCAAGGCUUCUCUGUCCUCAAGAUUUCCUAGGCAAGAUUACUGGAGUGGGUUGCCAUUUCCUUCUCUAGGGGAUCUUCCCAACCCAGGGAUCCCACCUGUGUCUCCUGCAUUGGCAUGCAAGUUCUUCACCACUGAGCCACCAGGGAAGCCUGGCACAUGAUAGGUGUGAGUAAAUGUCACUUUUCGUUGUUCUUUUUCCCUUGUAAUUCCACAGGACUUGAUGCUGAGUGGGAACUUCGGGAUGAUGAUGAAGGUGCCCCUUCCUCCUGCAGGUGAACGUGAGCAUGUCAUGGGGAGAACUGCAGUGCUGUGCAGGAAACUGCUGAGGGUAUAUAAAGAAAUCAUUUCUUGUGUAACUGGAAAGAACUUCAAUAUAUAUUUCUGAGUUGACCCCAAGGGCUGAAUCACAGGAAGACAUGAAAGGGAAGAGGUUGGUGUUUGAAGUGCUGCUUUAGUGUGUCAUAGGGAUGAGCAGGCUGUUCUUCAUUUGUGUUUCUCUGGAACUAAGGUGACAGAAUAUGUGCAUGGAAAUAAGAGCUAAUUCUGGGAUGUAUGGUGAGUGUGUGAACAUAUCUAUACAUGAAUACACACAAUAACUUUAUGAUUUUGGAAGUAAAUAUCUUGAAUGUAGGGCUUCCCAGGUGGUUCAGUCAUAAAAGAAUCCACCUGACAAUUGAGGAGAUGCAGGCUUGAUCCCUGGGUCAGGAAGAUCCCUGGGGAAGGAAAUGGCAACCUACUCUAGUAUUCUCGCCUGGGAAAUCCAACGGACAGAGGAGCCUGGAGGGCUAUAGUCCAUGGAAUUUGAAAAAGGGUCAGACACGACUAAGCAACUAAAUGACAACAACCCUGAACAUAGCAAAAAAGAGAAUAGCAUUCAUUGCUGAUACUUAAUAGUUGUUCAGUCAUUGGCAUACUCUAAGUUUCAUUUUUUGUUCUAUAAAAUGGAGAUUUUUAAUGCUUUUCUGUCAAAUGCCUUUUGGGUUGUCUGUGAGGGUUGUUAUAAAGUGUUUAGUAUUUUGUCUUAUAUACUGAAAACACUCAGAUGUGAGAGCUAUUGUUAUUGCCAGGAACUAGUCACUUUCCCUUUAAUAUCUCAUUUAUUCCUCAGAAUCCCCAUGGCAUUACAUAGCAACUAAAGAUUAAUUCUCCAGAAAUAUAUAAUCUCUAUGCUUCAAACAACAUAACUUUAAGCAUAUAAUCAAAACAUCAACAGAAGUACAAGGAAAAACUGGCCAAUCUAUAGUAUUGGGAGAAUUUAACAUACUUCCUUUAGAAAUUGAUAUGAUUGGCAGACAUAAAUUAGGGAGGUUAUAGAUUUUAAACCUUAGUUUCCUAUUUGUUCUUACCCAAAGUCACAAAGCCAGGAAAAGGAAAAAGUUGAUUAAAACUUAGAUCUGUUUUAAUACAAAUCACAUAAGCUUUCCAAAAGUCUAUCUGUCUAACACAAAGCUGCCUUGUGCUUCCCAGCACUGUCCCUCAGUGUCCUCAGUGGACAUUAACUGAAUCUCAGGAUUACUUCUGCUGAGUAAUCUUUAUCUGUGUGUAGAGACAUACACUUCUGCCAUUCUUUUGUAUCACAUUCUAUUUCUAUCCCUGGUAGUCCUGUGUCAGUUAUACAGAAAACACACUCUGGCAUUAGAUGAUUAUCAAUUCCUAUUUCCUAGCAAGAAAGGAAGGGAUUUUAGGUGCACUGUGAAUAUACCAAUUGAAGUGCAUUGGUCCCCAGGUUCACAGAUCCUGGUUCCCCACAAAUAAGCCUGCUCGUGUGAGACAAGAAAGGCAUUCCCAGCAGAGAAAUUCAUUCCUGGUGUUAAAGACCUCACUCCAGAGCUUCAGGGUAGAAGCAGAGGCCACAGGACUGAACAAAACUCAGACUUGCUGAUCAUCUCACACAGGCUGCAGAAAUGACCGUGUUACAGGGGUCAUUCUCAUUUGAAGAUUUAUCUGUGGACUUCACCCAGAAGGAAUGGCAGCUACUGGACCCCCAUCAGAAGGACUUAUACAAGGAUGUCAUGUUGGAGAAUUAUAGCAGUCUCGUGUCACUAGGGUAUGAAGUUAUGAAACCUGGUGUCAUCCUUAAAUUGGAGCAAGGAGAAGACCCAUGGACAGGAGAUGGAGAAAUUCCAAGUUCAGACUCAAUAGAUCAAGUCUUUCAAGUAAAUGGUCACAUGACUUGGCACAAGGAUAACAAGAAGUUUAAAAAUAUGAAACAAGAUCAUGAAUGUGAUGCACUUGGAAAAAAGUUUAAUCUGAGCACGAACUUUAUUCCUUUAAGGAAAUCAAACAAAGAAGGUGACAUAGAUGGAUUAAUUUUAAAACAUCAUUUAGAUUUUCUUAUUCCGAAAGCAAACUAUGUAAGAAUGGAACCAGCUGACUUAAACAUAUUUGAUAAAUUAUUUCUCCAUACCAAGACUGAGGCAACUGAUACUUGGUUAAAAUAUUAUGCAUGUGAUAAAGUUAGCUAUAAGAAGUCACAGAUCAUCAUAUAUCACAGAAGUCGUUCAGGGGAGAAGCUCUAUGAAUGCAGUGAAUGUAGGAAACGCUUCAGUAAGAAAUCAAGUCUCAUUAAACAUCAGAGCAGACAUAUAAGAGAAAUAGCCUAUGGCUGUGGUAAAUGUGGCAAGACUUUCCCCCAGAAGUCACAGUUUAUUACACAUCAUAGAACUCAUACAGGAGAGAAACCUUACCAUUGUAGCCAGUGUGGGAAAGCCUUCUCCCAAAAGUCACAGCUGACAUCCCAUCAGAGGACACAUACAGGAGAGAAACCAUAUGAAUGUGGUGAGUGUGGGAAAGCCUUCUCCCGGAAGUCACAUCUCAUAUCACAUUGGAGGACACACACAGGAGAGAAACCCUAUGGAUGCACUGAAUGUGGGAGGGCCUUUAGUGAAAAGUCAAAUCUCAUCAAUCAUCAAAGGAUUCAUACAGGAGAAAAACCUUUUGAAUGCAGAGAAUGUGGAAAAGCCUUCAGCAGGAAGUCACAGCUUGUCACACAUCACAGGACCCACACAGGAACAAAACCCUAUGGAUGUAGCAACUGUAGAAAAGCCUUCUUUGAGAAAUCAGAGCUAAUUAGACAUCAAACAAUUCAUACUGGAGAGAAACCCUAUGAAUGCAGUGAAUGUGGGAAAGCCUUCAGAGAGAGGUCUAGUCUUAUUAACCAUCAGAGAACCCAUACAGGAGAGAAGCCUCAUGGAUGCAUCCAGUGUGGGAAAGCCUUUUCCCAGAAAUCUCACCUCUUAUCACAUCAGAUGACACACACAGGAGAGAAACCUUUUGUAUGCACUAAGUGUGGGAAGGCUUUCAGUAGGAAAUCCCAGCUUGUCAGGCAUCAGAGAACUCAUACAGGUGAAAAACCCUAUGAGUGCAGCGAAUGUGGGAAAGCUUUCAGUGAAAAAUUAAGCCUCACUAAUCACCAGAGAAUUCAUACAGGAGAAAAACCGUAUGUGUGCAGUGAGUGUGGGAAAGCCUUUUGUCAGAAGUCACAUCUCAUAUCACAUCAGAGGACACACACAGGAGAGAAACCCUAUGAAUGCAGUGAAUGUGGGAAAGCUUUUGGUGAAAAGUCAAGCCUUGCAACACAUCAGAGAACCCAUACAGGAGAAAAACCUUAUGCAUGCAGGGACUGUGAAAAAGCCUUCUCCCAGAAGUCACAGCUCAAUACUCACCAGAGAAUUCAUACAGGAGAGAAACCGUACGGAUGCAGUCUUUGUCAAAAAGCUUUCUUUGAAAAAUCAGAACUAAUUAGACAUCAGAGAACUCAUACAGGAGAAAAACCUUAUGAAUGCAGUGAAUGUAGGAAAGCCUUCAGGGAGAGGUCAAGUCUCAUAAAUCAUCAGAGGACACAUACAGGAGAGAAACCCUUUGAAUGCAACGACUGUGGCAAAGCCUUCUCUAGGAAGUCACACCUCAUACCACAUCAGAGGACACACACGGGAGAGAGACCCUACAGUUGCAGUGAAUGUAGAAAGGCCUUCUCUCAGAAGUCACAGCUUGUUAAUCAUCAGAGAAUCCAUACAGGAGAGAAACCUUUUCAAUGCAGUGAAUGUGGGAAAGCCUUCUCCCAAAAGUCACAGCUCAUUAAUCAUCGGAGAACUCAUACAGUAAAGAAAUCCUAAGAAUGGUGUUAAUGUUAGUCUUUGACAGAGAUCUUCAUCAGUUAUGGUAAAUCUUUCAGAUAAUAGUUACAUCACUUUAUAUGUCUGAAUGCACUUUUAAGUUAGGAACUCUAAAUAGGUUAUGUCAGGGAAGCUUUCAGCAGACUAAUGUGUUUAUUAUAUUAGAAUCCAUAGAAGGAGAAUGACCCUAUGAAUUGCAGUGGAUUUCAAAAAGCUUUCAAACCGUAGUCAAACCUUUUACAGUAGAAAAUUAACAGUACAGAAGAAUACUGUGACUAUCAGAAAGCUUUCCAGAGAUCAAAUUUCAUUAGCCAUUGGAAAAAUUACCACUGAAAAUGAACCCUAUUCCAGUGAGUUAAGGAAAACUUCAUGAAUACAGCAAGUGAGGUGAUAUUUUCAUCAAGAAAUAACAGCUCAUUGUACAUAAGAAGAUGCCCUCAGGAAUGAAUUCUUUGAAAAUACUAAAUAUAGGACAAUCUUCGGCAAGUAACCCCACCAUAUUGUAUCCUGUGGGUAUACCUAACAGUUUAAAGACAUUAGAAAUACAUGCCCCUUGAAAUAAUGCUAUAAUAGAAAGCCAUGCACUCUUUAUAGACAUGGGUACCAAAAAUAACUGGUUCUAAAUUAUAUUAAGGCUCAAGUAUGAAGUUUCUAAAAAUGUCAAUAAAUUGAGUCUUUGGAAUACAAAAUUUCUCCAUGGUAUAUAAUUAUGGCUUAUUUUCCUGUGUCACAGGCUGUGUUUUGUAUUUUGGAAUUACAGAUGGUAAUGUAAUUGGGAGCAUGAGAUGCACAUGCCUUGUAGUGCCUCUGAUGUCUAUCAAGACAUACUAUGUGCCACUGGUUUUUCUAUUUUAAUAAUACUAUAAAAAUGGUAACUCAUAGGACAUGUCUUACUGCUCAAUAAGUAGCAUGUAAUAUCAAUACAUUUCCUUAUGAUUUGUUAGUUUAUAAAAAGCUCUAUUGUUGUCAGUGACCUUUCUCUUUAGUAGUAAAAGCCAACAUUAUAUAAAGUCUUUUGGAUCCUAGACUCUGAAAAACAGUUUAUAUAAAACUUGGUUAAUAAGUAUUCUAGUGGUACGUGUGAAUUGUGAGGAGUGUGCACUGUGACUCUGCACUCCUCAGCGGCAUUAACUUGGAGAAGAAUGCCCUCCUUGUGUAACAAGGUGCCUCCGUGCAUCCAGUGUGUGUAUCUUAAGUGUUAUGUCACCCAAGAACAACUUGUAUUUUAAUUUACUGUGAUGAAUUGUCAUGAAUAUUGUGUGCUGCUAUUAUGUUUUUGGUGUUUUGUAAAAUAUCCUGUAAAAAUUAGAUGAAGAAACUAGUUAUUUGAGAGUCACUAUCCAGAGAAUAUAAAAUACAGAAGAUUUCGUGGUGAGAACCAUAUUUUUUAUGUAUCCCAGGAAGCCUAUUUUGCCUUCCUGCAGAUUUCUGUGAUUACCAGACAGGUAUCAGAAAACAAGCUUUUUAUUAUUUUAUCAUUGGAAAUAUUUGUGUUUAACUUGCCUUUCAACUGUCAUAUCAUGCACAAGAGAAAGUUCCCAUGUGUGCUUACAAUUUUAUAAGGGUGUUCCUUCUGGAAAUGCAUGACCCAUGCCUAGGUCUAUUUAGACUUUUGUAGUAAUCUCUCUAUAAUGUUGUUCAACAAAAUCAACUAUGUUUUUUGUAUGAUGGUGAAAUUCAGAAAAGUCUAGUCUAGUUUCCAUACUUGGAAAAAUCAGGCCUUCUCUCAUGCACAAGUCGUUUUAACAGUGUGGUGUUUGGUAACUUUGAUUCUAGCAGCAUUUUUUUACCUACAAUUUUACAUCAUUGUUGGAAAAUUGGAAUAUUAAAUAAAUAAGGGUAAUUUCAUAAACUAUUGUACCAAAAUUUCAACAAAAUCCUAUUUCCCAAAUUUUUAUUCAUACAUAAAUUUAUGGACUUCCUACUUUUCUCCCUAAUACCUUAGGUCAUUUUACCAGGUUGGUGAAACAGACCUUUGUAAAAGAACAAGUAGUUACAGUGUGGUGUUUUACUUUGUGGGUUGUUGUUGUUGUUUUCCAUUUUUUCUUUUCCAUCUAUCCUGGGUCUCUUUCCUCAGCCCAAUGAUUGACUUGUUGGGUCUUGGAUUGGGCCCAGGAGUCUGUUGUCUAAAAACUUCCAAGUUUUUCUCAUUCCUGUUCUAGAUUAUUUUUGAACUAUUAAGCAGUUAGUCUUAGAACUUCCUUUAUGAGAUGAUGAAAUUUUACCAGCCUUUUGAUUGAAUCCCAAGGGCGAAUGUGUUUCCUAACGGUCUGAUGUCAGUCAUCCCGUGCCAGGGCUGAUGGCUGGCAGCAGGGCUUUUGUUUAUCAAAAUACCUGAUGUUCCACAUCCCAAGUGUGUGGUGUAGAACUCACCUGGCAUUCUGUCUUCUGAAGGGUCACAAGAGGCCUCUGAUUCUGAAAUUAGAGAUUCUUAGUGUUACAUUUUUAAGACACCUUGGUAAACCACAAAAAUAUAUUUCCCAUCACUGAUUCCUACUACAAAUGCUGCAUCAAGAAGAAAGCCAAUUUUAAAGUUAGGCUGGAUUUACCUAUGGUUUUGUGAAGCUCAAUAAUUGAGGAGCAUCUCUUUCCCUUUCCUCUUUCACCACCCAGGUUCCUCCAUUGGUGUGGAAACAAUCCUGCAGGGCAUACUUUCUAUUAUAUUCAUUACACUAAGUACUGGAUCUUCUGGAGGUCCUAUCUAUGAAUUCUGAGACCUAUACAAGGAUUGCCUUGUGUUCAGCUUUUCUUUGUGGGCUCUGAUAUUUUCAGACACCAUUAUCUGUAUGAAUCUAUAUGUUCCUGACAUUUUGAUUUCAUGUGACAUUUUGAUCACAUGUAGAACCCUGAGAUGAAAUGAACCCAAAGAAUACCAGACAUAUCUACCAAUAUCUGCAUUACAUAGCAAAGUAUACAUCCAUAGACAUUUGAACUCUACACUCAAGACCUCAGUCAUUUGGUCAUUUACUCCAGUAUGUGCCCAGAUUGUCAAUUUCAUUGAGUUUGUUAGCCUACAAACAUGAUACCAACAAGUUUUCAGAUGCUGAGCACCUAGUGCUGGCCUGCAUGCCAGUUAAGUAAUUCAGCCAUGACUUUUGCAGCUGUAUGCAUAUUUUUUUGCCCUUCUCGUCCUUUCAGUCCAUUUUUUGCACUUAUAUAUAUACUAGUUAUUUUAAGAUGCAAUUCUGACUAUACACUCUUGUAUUGAAAUACCAUGUGGCUAACUGUAAGACUUGGCUUCCCAGGUGGCUGAGCAGUAAAGAAUCCACCUGCCAAUGUAGGAGACACAGGAGACAUGGCUUUGGUCUCUGGAUCAGGAAGAUCCACCUGGAGAAGGAAUGGCAAUCCACUCCAGUAUUCUUACCUGGCAAAUCCCAUGGACAGAGGAGCCUGGUGAGCUACAGUCCAUGAGGUGGCAAAGAGUUGGACAUGACUGAGCACAUGUGUGUGCAUGCACACACACACACAAUUGUGGACUUAAGCUGUAAUAUCCUCAUUGUAUAUGAGGACUUUUAUACAAAACCAUACCUGUUCAUAAUUUAUGAAUACUUUAUCUUUCCUCUUACAGUUUUGGUUUUGUUUUGUUUUUGCGUCCUUAAACUAUUUGAGAGUUCUACAAUCUCUCAUUUUAUGCUUUUGUGUGUGUGUGCUUUUUUGUCGAUCUACUGCCACUGAAAUGCCUUUGUUCCUUGUUAAAUACCUAUUCAACCUAUGUGAACCUGUACAUGUAUUUCACUGGUGAUAAAAUCGUUGCAUGUUUUAUCUUUCCCAUUAGGAAGCUUCUGGAAAGCUAGGACUCUCUUGUUUGUCUAUAUAAUUUUCACAACUGAAGCUUUGGUACAUAAAUGUGAGUGGUGUCAGUGGCUGUGUUUUCUACCACAUGAGGAGGCAUAGCUGCAAUGAGAGAAGUGUGAAGCCACCAUGGAAGCCAAGUCAUGAGCAUCCUGGCUGGGUUCCAGGAUCUGGUUCUUGUCUUGAAGUCUGGGUUCAUCUCUGCCAUUUUCCUGCCUUGAUUAUUGGAUUUUUCUGUGAAAUAUCCUAAAUAUCCUUAUAAUAAAUCCCCAUGUUUGUUUCA